CAGACGUUGGCCAAGUUGCUGAUUGUCCGAUGGAAUUUCUCGCACAGUUGGAUGCAGCAGUGCUCAGCCGCACGUUGUCCUUCCUGCCGCAGCGUGAGGCCUGGUCUUUGACGCUCCUCUCCUCCGAGUGGACCGUCCUGGUCGCACAGCACCUCCGUCGCCUCACCGUCUCCGACGGCGCGGCGCGGAUCCCGCCGCCGGCGCUGCGCCGGGCGGCGCCGUGGCUCCGGCGCCUCGACGAGGUGACCUUCGUGGGCUCCACUCGUAGCUUCUGGGCCUUUGCAUCGGAGCUGCUGGAGCUCUUGCAGCGCCACCAAGCUCCUUUGCAGCGCCUCACCGUCCGCGCGUCCACCACGGACGCAGCGAUUCCCGCGGGCGAGGGCGUGGAGCUGCUGUUUGCGGUGCUGAGGGGUGGCAACGAUGCAGGCGUGGAGUCCUUGACGGUGGAAGAGCUGGUGCUGCGAGACGAGUUGAUGGAAGAAGUGAAGUGCUUUAUGGCUCGGAACAACUUGAGCUCUUUGGCGUUGAAGCAGUGCGGCUUGGAAGGGGCCCAGGCAGAAAAGCUGCUGACACUGGAAGGGGCCCAGAGCGAGAAGCUGACGCAUCUGGACUUGAGCCGAAAUGCUUUGGGUCUGGAAGGAGCGAAUGUCUUGGCCAACUGGUUGCCAUCGCUACCUACACUGCAGGUCUUGAUGCUGGGAGGAAAUGCCUUAGGACCAGCAGGUCUCGCCACCUUGGUGCCGGCCUUGGCGCCUUCGCUGAAGAUCUUGGACCUGUCCCUGAACGGUCUCGGCACCACAGGGAUCGAGGCCUUGAUGCCGGCGGAGCUCAAACUGGAAAGCCUCAAUUUGUAUGGAAACUGGCUGGGCUCGACGAAUGCAGAGGUCGUGCCCGUCUUGUUGCAGUCCAUGAGCGACACGUUGAUCACCUUGGAUCUGGCGCAAAACAAACUCGGCCCCCGUGGGCUGCACGAUGUCUUGGUGAACCUCAGGCCCUUGCCGCGCUUGCGAAAGCUGGUGCUUGCUGAGAACUCCUUCGCGACAGAAGACUUCCCGCCCGAAGCCUUCAGUCGCUUGAGCGUUGCGGCGCCUCAACUGGAGGAGCUGGAUCUCCGCGCGAGCCAGCUGGGCGGAGAUCGACGCGUCUUAGGUGGGGUGAUUCAAGCAUUGCAGAAGUCUCUUCGCAUCCUGCAUUUGGGCGCUGCCUCUUUGGAGGGCGAAGCUCUCGCGGUGCUGCUGGAGAAUUUGGACUUGCCACUCUUGGAGAACUUAAGUGGCUUGGAUCAAGAAUGCUCAGUUUUGGGACCAAGAUCCACCCACCUGGAUCGACCAAGGUUGCACGGUGCUGCUCACCCAACAUAUGCCACUUCUUGAUUCAUGUCCUGUGGCAUCCUGUGGCGAUACGUGGCUUUCUGUAUGAGAUGUCGACGAAUGAGAUGAGGAAAAGAAGGCAGAAAAUCGCUGAUCCUUCAAGAGCGACUGGCAGAGAGAUGCCCAAUUUCUUGUAGCGUCACAGAGAGAGAGAGAGAGGGAGAAGGAGAAGGAGAAGGAGAAAGAGAAAAGAAAGAGAAAGAAAAAGAUACAGAACAGGACUGUAAAUUGAGGCAUCUUGUUCCUGCAUCAUCACGAAGAGCAUGGGUCGGCUCUUCAGCCUUCCACUUCUACCUGCCACAUCCUUCAACCUGCUUGCCCCGGAUAAUGUCAUUUGAAUCUGCUUUGGUUUAUAUAACUUAAAAUCUAAAUGUCUCAAUCUCAUUGGUUUACACCUUCUUGCUAGCGCCCUUGCUCCUAGUAGCGAUGCCCUUGUCACUACUAGCUUCUUGCUACUAGUAGGUUCCUGCACUAGUAUGUUUAAAGUAUCACCCGGCUUCGGAAAGCUAAGGCCUAGUGCAGGCGCGACUGGUGGACUCCAGCCUCCAAGUCUUGGGCAGCUGGUGGUCGAAAGGGCCCAGCGUUCCACUGCCCAAGUUGCGAUCGAUGGAUCUCAGUGGCAACUUUGUGAGCAGCCACCUGCCGUCGGGAGCGUGUGGGUGCUUUCCCAGAUCAUGAGGGCACGAGUACGCGGAUGAAAUCCAUGUCCAUUUCUUUGACUCGGGACUCGGGACCCCCUUGCGUUGCACGCGGGGAUUUGGAGGCCAGGCCAUGCCAGGCCGCAUGACGACCAAGCAUCUGGACAUGGGGAGACUCUUCCAGUUGGUGAGCUCGACUCAGAGAGUGGAUUUCUAGUCAACUGAGUUCGUGCUUCGAACAAAUCAAAUCCCACGGGGAGUAUGUUGACCCUCCCUGAAACAAUCCAUGUUCAAGUGAACCACUUCCAUUUAAAAAGGUGUACCGUAAAAAUGCUUCAUUUGAGCAAGGCCAUGGCUCCACUGCUCUCAGAGCGCCCAUAGAUUAGGGUUUCAGACUCGAAGGCCCAGACCGUCGGAGAGUAUGCACCCCAUUUCUUGCCAACACAUGGGAGACAUGGUGUGGUGGAGGCCCGGCAACAAUGCUUCUCUACUAGCAGAGCAUGUUCUGUUUGUCAAGUUCUUUCUUGGUAAGCUCCCAUCAUCCAUUUAAACAAGGCUUCUCACCCGCGCAUUGCCCUCUCUAAACGGAGAGGUGGAACCCAGAAGGGAAGCUGCCAGAACCCACACAUGACUUUCACCGGUCCAGUCGAUGGAAUUAUAUAAUAUAUGUGUAGUAUAGAGAGAGGUGUCCAAUCCAUUUUUGUUACGGAGAUUUACUUUGCUAUCCCGGAGGGUCUCUCCGACCCUUGCCCUCUCCAUGCUGCCCAUGUUCACUGCCCGCCUUCGCCCGUUACCGAGGUGAAGCUUUGAGGUCGUUACGGCAAACGCUGCAGCGG